AUGGCGGGUAAAGGCUUGAUUCAUGAUUCAGUUUCGAUCGAUAUGCGGGUUGCUGUUGGAUUACGAAUUUACGAGCACUAUUUGUCUAAAGCACCGACAUCUUAUUGGGGGCGAGAGGAAAAAACGAAGCAUUCGGCUCGGUGGCUCUUGGGCGUAAUUAACGACUGUUCUUCAGGAGGCAACAUCUAUGUAUCAUAUCAUGCAAGUCACAAGAACUUGCGAGGCCACCCGCCCAAUGACUUCACUGCAGAAUCCCCACAAAUGUGCCUUGCUGUCACGAUUCCUCCAUGUCCGGCGGAUGCAGCAAUCCCUGAAAAUACGAAGGCUCUUGGUGAAAUGGUGGCCUUGCGCAUCUGCAUGAUCUGCAGCAAAGGGGUCCUGCGGUUUGAUGGCAGGCUGAAUCUGACCCAGCAUUAG